AUGUCUCCUCUCAGUUCAUCCUCUUCAAGAAUAUCUAUGUCUACGUUGCCUUCAUGCUCUAAUACUGUAUAUGCACCAAAUACCGCCGCCUCAACAUCCAGUCUCUCUGAAUACUCGACCAAUAUAUCCCAGGACAGAACGGAUGAAGAUAACGCCACUAUAACGCCCGGUCAAAGUUCUGCAAAGAAGGAGGGAAAGCGGAGGAGUGAGGACGAGGAUCCGUCCGCCGUACUGCCCGCCCUCGUUGUAUCCUCCCAAAUGACGGCGACAUCCCUUACCAUCGCCGAUAUCCAGGCGCGAAUAUUUUCCAUUCAGGAACUUCGACACAAAAGUCAAGAAUCAAGCGAUGCAACGAAGACCACCAACACUAUCGACCAGUCUCUCAUGGCUCUUGACGAAAAGUUAGAAGCUGUCUCCAAGGAAAUGAAGUUCAUCGCAGAUGCUAUGGGACCACUUCUUCAGGUUUCUUCCACUCCGACGCUUUCAGAGGAUGGGGAAGCCAGUGAAACCACCAUGAUGAUUCGGAAGCAUGCCACGCUGCUCGCAGAUUGGGAAAAUGUCCAAGAUGAAAGCGAUACGCUGCGGGAGGAACUCAAGGAAGACAAAUGGCUAACAGUCUUCAGAACAGUUACGGACCAGGCGGAUGGUAUGAUGUCCAGUCUUGAAAAGGCUGUUAAUCGGUGUCAGGACUUCAUCUGGAAAGUCUAUAGAAGAGAUGAUCUGGUUUCAUACUUUCAAUUACCACCAUCUUCCUCCAAUGGGAAAGACAGCUCACCUCCCAGCCUUGAAGUCUUCAAUUCGCUUCUUGAUUCAUUUGAAGCGAAGAAGAAACACUACAUGCCUGCUACAUCUAAGGUCCUUUCCAUCAUCGACAAAGGUGUAAGAGACCGAGUUACGAAGAACGGAGAAACUUUGCGGAGACACUCAGAUUCUGCCCAACGCUGGCGUAAUCUUCGUGAAAGAAUAACUCGAACCGAUGCUGAGAUGGAGGCCGUGCGAAAACUUCUUUUGUCCGGGGACGCUCUCAGUGAGGGCGGUUCUAGCCACUCUGGGACACCAUCAUCGUCGCAAAAUGGCUAUUUAAUGACACCGCCCAGUGGUUCUCGCUCAUCAAGAGCGCCCAGUGCAACAAGUACAUUAUCACGCUCUAUAUCUCCUUUCAGGAAGUUUGCUCGUAAGAUCACACGCUCGUCGCGUCAGUCGCAGCCGCCUGCUCCAGUCACUCCAGUCACACCCCUCAGGCGAAACGGAGCUCGGACUCCCUCCUCGGAACCAGUGCCCAGUCAAGCUUCACGACAACAGAGGGCGAACCUUUUCUCUUCAGUGCGAGGUGGCCAGCCUCCUACUCCCAUCACACCGGAUCGUCCGGGACAUAAGUACAGUCAAAGCUUGACACCAGAUUCUUCUCCUCGGAACUCCAACAAAGCAGAUACUAUCGGACGAAAGGCUGCGGGCAAAGCGCCGUGGAAUAGUUCGACGAAAGUCACUGCUGAAGAGCGGACGUUGACCGUGAAAGGAACACCGACCAAACGCACACCUUCUGCGAUGGGUAUAUAUAACGAUUUACCUCCAAUUCCUACUCCUAGCAAACGCAGUGUAUCGCGGGCCUCGAUGGCAUCGUCACGUCCAUGGUCUCCCUUGACAUCUUCUGUGUCAACCUCACAGUCACAGUCAUCCAAUCAUCCUCCAAUGCCAACUUUCCGACCUCCUUCGCGAGCGCAGACUCCCUCACGCGCAUUCACGCCCGGUCCGGCACCACCAACACCACGACCACGACCAAGGACGCCAAGCCACAUACCAGCGCCGUCUCAUAAACUGCGGAGCUUGGGAUCAGAUGGUGCUUGGGAUCACGGCGACAGCAAUGCUACGUUGAUGCACAGAGCAAUGCCACCGAGCCGCUCUAUGAUUCCGCUUCCUACCGUACAUCUAUCAUCGCCAACGCGACCAUCGACGUCGCUUUCAAGUUAUGGCCGCGACAGUCCGACGGGAACGUUCCGGGCGGCCGCUGCUCGUGCACAGACGCCAGAAUCUGCCCUGCGCUCCCGAGUGAUGAAUAUUCCAAUCUACCACGGCACGGCGACAUCGCGAACUCCGCGGCCGUCGUUGCAGAGUAAACUUCCACCCUCAAGCUUCCGAGAUGGGUCAAGCCGUGCUCCUUCGCGCUCUGGCUCGCGUGCUGGGGCAUAUACGCCAGGCAUGGACAAUCCCAUCCAUGAAUAUGUGCCCGGAAACCCGAAAGACCCACUUGAUGUUGAGGUGGGGAUAAUUGUUAAUUCGAUACCGCAUGGAUUGCUUGUGGAGAGAGUGGAUCCUCCUUUGAAGAAGAUUCCAAAGGACGGAGAGGAGAUCAAAGCCCAGUAUUCGUUCUCCAACGCACUCAGCAAGAAAGUUGUAACAUGCCGGCUGACGACGUUGACGAGGCUUGGGAAGGGUACUUCUGACACGACGAAGAAGGUUAUGUGUCGCGUUGGAGGAGGCUGGCAAGACCUCAGUCACUACAUUUUAAAUCGUCAGGCUGGGAUGUAG